UCGACUCAUAUAACUACUCAGGAUUCGAUUCACAUAGUCUAAUAUACGAACACUUACGAUAAAGCAAAAUGAGUUUCAUCGCUGGCUUCCUUCUGUUUUCGCUGAUCGCUUCUAGCCAGUCGAUGGUAUGUUUCCAAGGGAUUUGUGACAAUAUUCAAAAGCCCGUGGAACACUGCAAAGGCACCACUAUAAAAAAUGGCGGAUUUUGUGGAUGUUACGACGUCUGUGCGAAGCAAGAAGGGGAUGAGUGUGAUGCAGAAGCUGUAAGAGACCGACUGCCCCUGGGGAAGUGUGACGUUGGUCUCACCUGCCAGGCUCAAUCCAAUAUGAUGUUUGGCUCAGGCAAAUGCGUGAAAAACACCAAACAAGCAGCUCGAGAAACCCAUACCGUAUGCCAGCAGCGCCGAAUGCAGUCUAUGAUAUCGAUGGUUGUGUAUCGCGGUCAGUGGUUCCCAAAGUGCGAUGAGGAGGGCCUCUUUAUGCCGGAACAAUGUGACAACACAGGAAUGUGCUUUUGUGUGGACAUUCAUAGCGGAGCGGUGCAUCAGGAGACGAAGGUUCAAGGAUCAGCCAACUGCAUGCCUACAACUGUGGCACCUUAAACAGCAUGUCUUGAAUAUACAUUUUUUGUGCAAUACGCGUGCAAUAAAUGUAGUCAAAACA